AUGUCUGAUAGUACACGUUCUUCAGGAGAUACACAUAUAUGCAUAAACCAUAUGGAUCAUCUUGUGCUGACAGUAAGAGAUGUUUCUCACACUGUUGACUUCUAUACCAAAGUUCUUGGAAUGACAGAAAUCACCUUCAAAGACACCCGCAAGGCUCUCAAAUUUGGCAACCAAAAAAUCAACCUCCAUGAAUCCGGCAAGGAAUUUGAGCCAAAAGCGGCAUGUCCAACCCCAGGAUCGGCAGAUUUGUGCUUCAUUGCUGAUACAUCACUGGAGGAUGUGAUGGCUCAUCUAAAAGAAUGUGGAGUGUCUGUUGAAGAAGGUCCCGUGAUGCGCACAGGUGCAAUGGGCCCCAUCAAUUCAGUCUACUUUAGAGAUCCAGACAUGAACCUUAUUGAAGUCUCAAACUAUGUUUAA